CGUACCGUCUUCUCUUCUCUCUCUCCUUCUUUUAGUCUCCAAAGUCGAGUCUCCUUCUAAAGUUCAACUUUCAACUUUCAUUUAUCUUUCACUCUUCUUCUCUUCCUUUUAUGCACCCAUAAAACACUUCUCUCUCUCUCUCUCUCUCUCUCUCUCUCUGCUCUACCCGUACCCAAAAACCAAACCUCAUUUUCACAGCAAAAACACUACUUUACCUUACUUUUUGUAUCGUCAAGCAGUUUAACUCACACAUACUAGCUAAAACGUAAGAGAUGCAUCCUUUUCAAAGCUUUUACUAUUUAAAUCAAGAUGGGCAUAUACCAGAGCCAAGCUUAGUCAACAUGAUGGACGGUGGGGAAUCAAUCCUGAGCUCAGCUUCAAAAACAGAAGCUAAAAUAUCAACUGAGUCAUCAUGCAAGAGCCACAAAGAAACAGAAAGGAGACGCAGACAACGUAUCAACGCCCACCUCUCCACCCUCCGUACUCUCCUUCCCAACCCCACCAAGACAGACAAGGCCUCGUUGCUGGCUCAAGUAGUGCAUCACGUGAGAGACCUAAAAAUGAAGGCAGCUGGGUCGGCACGGCAGUAUAGUAAUAACUGUAGCAGCGGAUUAGAGCCCGAAGAGAACUGGCCAUAUCCUGGAGAAGUAGACGAGGCUACGCUGAGUUGCUGUGGUCAUGAAGAGAAGAUGAUAAAAGUGAGUGUUUGUUGUGAAGAUAGACCGGGUCUGCAUAUGGAUUUGACUCGAGCGAUUAAGUCUGUGAGGGCCAGGGCGGUGCGGGCCGAGAUGAUGACGGUGGCUGGCCGGACCAAGAGUGUGGUAGUGAUGAGGUGGGAUAAUGGCAGUGGUGGAGAGGAGGAUGUUGGGAUUUUGAAACGGGCUUUGAACGCUGUUGUGGAGAACCGGGCCUCGGGUUCUGGGUUCGGCCAAGUGGUCCAGGGGAAUAAAAGGGCGAGAGUCUUCGGUCUGGUUAGUGAUGUUGAUAGAGAUAGAAAUUGACCGUUGAAUUUUCAUAAUCGAGUAAAAAAAUGGAAGCGGUGAGUUUGGAUACAGUCAAAUGUUUAUAUCUCCAAAAAUAAGUUAGAUGAUUACGUAUGAAGGACUCUGUUUAUGCAUUUGUUUUUUUCGUUUAAAUUAGUCUUUUUAGCAGUGGCGGGGCUACAGGGUGGAUGACAGGAUGAGGGGCAGUCGUCCUCCCUGAUUUAAUUUGUUUCCCCUCGUCUACAAGUAUCAUUAAGUAAUGAACUAGGUUGUUGCGGCA